CAGCAGUGGCUCCUGUGCCAGCAACAACAAUAAUAACAACAGCAGAUGUUCACAAUACGCAAUUGUCAACACACAGUAAUACUACUAUUAGUCAACCAACAUCAGCCGCAAACCUUGCUAGCAUGCCGAGUACACAGUCAGUAUUUACUCCACCGAAAUGGUGUGAAAAUGAAAUGAAUUUACCAAUUGUUUACCGACACGUACUGGAAGCCACGUUACGUAAUGGUAGAAUUGAAACGGAACUGUUAUAUCCAAUCUUCUUAUUUUCGGGACUGGAGAAACAAGUCCUUGGUCAUAUUUGGAGUCUGUGUAAUAAUACCACGCCUGGUAUGCUGACGAAACAAGAAGCGUUUAUGGCUUUAGCGUUGAUUGCUGUGGCACAGAGUGGCCAGCUUCAAAACGUUAACCUUAAGACCUUGUACGAGAUGUCACAACCGCCUAUACCAAUAUUGACGCCAUCAGGGGGUUCCACCCCUAGUGGUGAUGUGACACCCGUAAACAAGACUCCUGUAGAACCCACAGGCUCCACUGAAGAUGAUGAUUUUGCGCCGUUUAAAGAAGCGCCUAUGCCAGUUAAAGAGUCAAUGUAUCCUCCAUUGUCCAGUGAGGAUGAGUACGCUGAUUUCAAAUCGGCUGAUAGCGAUACCAGCAGUAGUAUGUCUAGUUCAAGAGCAUCAUCUCGAACUUCUAGCAGUCACAAUACCGAUCCUGAAUUAGUCGGUUACCCGCAGUCUCCAGUCGAUCCUGAUUUCCCGACAAGUGCAUCCUCAUCUCCAGCAUCUCUGAAAUAUCAAAGAAGCUACAAGAGGUCAACGACGAGGUCAACUACAAAGUCAACAAUGAAGCUGACUAAGGAUUCUUUUACAUCAGCUAAAAUUUCACCUCCUAAAAAUUUGAAAUUAAAUCAACCAGUUCAGUCAGUCAAUUUAAAUCCCUCUAAGUUUGGAACAGUGCGAGAGUGUGAGAGUGAUGAUUUUGCUGAAUUUAAACAAGCUGCUCAUACUAGGGGAACAUUUUCAAAUGCACCAUCUGUAAUAGCACCACCAGGUCAGCCACUAACAUUUCCUAUUAAACCUCCGGUGCAGGAUGAGUUUGCAGAUUUUCAGCAGGCGCCUCUGCCAACCAGGCAAAACAGUGAUUUGUUUAAGUUUAAUGAAUCUGCUGAUGACAAGUAUGCCGCUUUGCGAGAUUUAAUCGCACCGCAAACAAACGAACCCGAUGACGAGUUUACAGAUUUUCAAACUGGCUCUUGUGACCAAGACGAAUUCGCUGAUUUCAAAAAAGUUCAACCCAGUUCAGGUUUUGAAGAGAGUAAUGAAUUUUCUGAUUUUCAAGGACCAAAAGAGCCAACCAGUGCAAUAGAUGAAUUUUCAGAUUUCAAAGGUCCUACGGAAUCAGACAUUGUUGAGGAUGAAUUCGGUCAAUUUAAAGAUGCUGCUAAAAUAGAUAACAUUGAUGAGUUUGGUGAUUUCAAGCAAGAAGCGCUGCCACCUGAAGAACCACUAGGAUUUAGAGGAGGAAUGGCCGGUGGAUUUUUCCAGUCCGAUGUUGUGGAAAGCGAAACCAUAACACUGCCACCUUCUGACAUGUUUUCUGCGAUCAAAGAUCUGUAUAACAAAGACGAUGCUGUUAUCACUUCAAAAAUACAAACUAAUUUUAAAGAAGACAAAGAAGAGACUCACAAUCUCUUCAACAGAGAACCAUCAAGAGUACGUGCUAUUUCCAUGAAUGAUGACGAUGAUGACUUUUUCGGUCGGAGGCCACCAGGAUUGCCAGAUUUUGAUGAUGAGGAUGAUGAAUUUAAUAAUUAUAAUACUCCUCCUGUUGUACAUGAUGACCUUUUUACACCAGUUGCUACUGAUAAACCAACUAAUAAACCUGCAAACAAGUUUGAUAUGUUCGGGGGACAGGAAUUUACAGCAAAAGUCGAUAAAUCAAGUGAAUUUUCAAAUGCCAAUGACGUUAUUACCUUGAACAAUCACGAGACGAUUGGAAAGAAAACAUUACCAGAUCUUGCCACUGAUGAUAAAUUUGAUGCAUUUAAAGCAAGUACUCUAAGUGAUGACAAAUACAGUGUUUUCAGGGACUUAACCCCCCAGGAUACUACAAACAAAAACAAGGAAAUCGAUACGGAAACAAAACUCAAACUGCACUCUAGUUACUGAAAAACAUGAAGGUUCAUCUACGGAAGAAAAUUGGAAGGCAGUCAAUGAACAAAAAUUGAAAGUUCUCCCCCCGAGUGGUGAUGAAGAUGACUUAUUCGGGAACUUAGGGCCUGAACCACCUGGUUACCAUGGUAACAUAAA